AUGGAUACCGCCUUCGGAAAGUCUCUUAAGAAAUAUGAGGAAAAUAUGGAUUUGUAUUUAAAGACUAUAAAAAGGUCCAAUUACAAGGACAUGAGCAUCAUUUAUGUAGCGUACUUGGACUCUAUCGGUUGGAACUUUGAUGGACCGGCUCUGGAUAUGGAAUUGCUGUACGGUAUGGAUUCCCCAUUUGCGAAGGCCCUUUCGGCGUACCACAAAGAGUUGCGUCCACCCCGGGAACCGAGGAAGAGGAGCGAAAACAUGAAGCUUUUUGAUAUAGAGGAAAAGGAGUACUUGGAUUCUCUUGAUCCUAAGGAGCUGGAGCCCAUAGAAUUUCCAAAUAAACACUUCUGUUCCGAGGGAUGUAAGCAUCAGCUUAUUGAUAUAGAUGGGGAAAGAACGUGUCAUGAGUGUGGACUAAUAGUUGGUAGGAUCUAUUACGUUUCAGGAUACGGCUGCUGGGACAGAGCAAUUAUGGGGCGUAAGUAUAUACCAGCUACUAUCCGUGAGAAAGUCCAUAGUUUUAUAGUUAAGAAGGAAAUGUCGGGACAGUACCUAUUUAGGGAAACGCCGAGACAGUACCCUAUUCUUGGGGGAGUAGUGGGUGAGGUUAUGAAUUGGGUUGAAUAUAUUUGUGAAGCAGAGAAACCUAGGGGGAAGAGGAUACCCAAUCUUAAUAUUAUGAUAUAUCAGGUAUGUAAAAUGAUUGAUGUAAAUGUAGAUGAGUCUUUACUUAAGAUUCCUAAGGGGAAGGUCCCUCACGAUCGGUGUAGGAAAUUGUUUCAGAAGCUGGGUUUGAAGUAUACUGAAUAAUUCUAAUGUCUUUUACCAGUCAUUAAAAUUGAAGUAUUAACCUUAGGGUAAUGAUGGCAAGGAGAACCUCAACCGUUAUCGGAAUUACUAGGCAGCUGAUCAGACACAACCACACUAGUUUCCGUGGUAUUCUCAUCAUUUUGUUUAUCGUAUUUCUUUACGGUUGUGCUGGCAUAACCGAUUUGGGUAUGUGCACUCAUCGUUAUGUCACCCCGUUCGAUGCCAAUGCCAAGGUUGAACCAUCUUCCUUCUUUUAUGAUCUUUGUUGUACUUUAUUCUGUUUGCGGUUUCGGGUUUUGAGGACAGGCAUCCCAUUUUAUUUCUUACCUUUGUUUUUGACAGGUUUGGGUUUGGGUUUAGGUUCCGGCUUGGGUUCCGGACAGCAUUUACCCUUCUUCAUGUAUUUGUAGUUCUUUACGCUGGAACUGUUAAAUUCGACCCUUGCAUCUGCACCGAAGGUUAGGCUUCCCUUACCCACCUUAACACCAACGUUUGCUUCCUUAUUUUUCUUUUGCUCUUUGACGAUUUUUUCCUUUUUAUCUCCGCUAGUCAUUUUUAUUUAACCGGAAAAUAAAAUGCCAUUCAACAUGAUUAUCGUAGGUAUGACGGCCUGCGGGAAGACGCAUUACCUCAUUCAGGAAUUAAGGACGACGUUCUUCCAUCAGUUUGAGAAUAUAUUCCUGAUUUGUCCUACCUGAACAUCUCGCUCAUGUGAAUUAGCAGUCACUCAUCUUACUGAUAAAAUUUUAACUAAUAUUGAUAACAAAAAAUUAAAUGGACUUCUUCUUGUUGAUUUCAAAAAGGCUUUUGAUCUUGUUGAUCAUGAAAUCCUAAUUCUGAAACUUAGAAUGUUCGGAUGUUCUCCAUUAGUAUUGAAAUGGUUUACGUCAUAUCUUAGUGAUCGUUAUCAACGCACUUAUUUCAAAAACACAUCCGAUAUGCGUCCUGUUAAAAUAGGUGUUCCUCAAGGAAGUAUUCUUGGCCCCCUUCUUUUUAUCUUAUUUAUCAAUGAUCUCCCUUCUCAACUUUCACAUUCAGAAUCCACAAUGUUUGCAGAUGACACCACCGUUCUAACAGAAGGUUCUUCCAUUCAUGAUUUAAAUGUGAAACUUAAACUUGUUGCUCAAGAUCUCUCAACAUGGACUCAACAAAACCGAAUGGUGACUAAUACAUUGAAAACCAAGACCAUGCUCAUUCAUUCUCCCCAACAACUUAAGAAUACUUCAGACCGUUCUCUAUCUGUUACUCUUAAUGGCAACAUACUUGCACAGGUGAAGCAAGCAAAAGUGUUUAACGCUUGA